CUGGAAGCACAUGGCGCGCGAGCAGCGGCCGCCCAUUGAAACGCGGCACAGGCGCAAACGCUCCGGAUUGGCCGAGAACUCCGCGCACGUUCACAGGCUGAUCUGAGAGAAAGAGAGACAGCUGAACACCGGCGGAUGAGAGAAGAGAGGUCCAACACAACUGUCUGAAAGGAAAGAUACGAAGAAACAUGGAGUCAGACACGGAGCGAACGUUUCCUGACUUUUCUGGAUCAUGGAAAAUGAAAAGUUCCGAAAAUUUCGAGGAACUUUUAAAAGCUCUCGGAGUAAAUGUCUUUCUGAGGAAGAUUGCAGUUGCAGCAGCUUCCAAACCAGCUGUUGAGAUUACACAGCAGGGGGAAAGUCUCUCCAUUCAGACCUCCACUAGUGUGCGGACCACUCAUGUGUCCUUCACGGUGGGAGAGUCCUUCAACGAGACUACAGUGGAUGGACGAGCAUGCACAAGUUUUCCAAAAUGGGAAACAGACCGUAAAAUCACUUGUGAGCAGACGCUGCAGAAGGGGGAGGGGCCUGAGACAUCAUGGACGCGUGAACUGACCAAUGAUGGCCAGAUGAUUCUCACCAUGAGAGCCGGAGAUGUUGUCUGCACCCGUGUGUAUGAACGAGACUGAAGGAUCCUUAAAUUUCAGUUCAUUUAUUCCAUUCCCUCUCAACAAUGUCCACAAUAUGCUUAAAUGCUAGUUUAUCAUUGUGCAAGCCUAUUCCUUCCAAGUUUUUUAUGUUUGACGUGCUAAGUUUGUGUGGCAGAGAAGGAGAGAUGUUUGAAGGGUCAGAGGUAGUACUUGUAUAAAGAUGGUAGCGAGUUUGCAUUGUUCUUUUGGUGCAUUAGCUGAGAAGUAUAUUUAUUAUUGGUGUUUGUGCAUUUUAUGUUGCAGUUUCAUGUACAUGCCACAAUAUGGCUUAUCAGUCAAAAAUGUUUUUGGCAAUAAACCUUUAGUUUAUAAACCCC